AUGGACGAUUUCCGAAUCGAAUUCGACAAUCAGCAAGCGGUCUACUUCCCGGGACAGGCGGUGACCGGCAAGAUUUACAUUCAGAGUCGGGAGUCGAUAAAAGCACGCUUUUUGAAAAUUUGCAUUCAUGGCGGUGCGCACACAAAGUGGUCCGAACACGAACACAAGCACAGAACGUGAGUGCGGCCUGGGAAUCGCACGGCCACGUUCGGUGGCCUAGAAAUCCCCCUGGUUUUGUUCUAGGCCACCUAGAAACCGAAAUGCCCUCAUCUAGGUGAUGUUUGAUGAAAGUUGGGUCAUUAAAAAGGUAUUGCGAAAUGUUUGAAAUGAAACUGAUAUGCCGAUAACUUUGUUGUGGCCUAGAAUUUGAACUACAUGGCCUAGAAAUCCAAAUAGUGGUUUUCUAGGCGAUCACCCUAAAAUGUCUUUGUGGCCUAGAAACCUUUUGAUGGCCUAGAAACCAUUUGAUGGCCUAGAAACCUUUUGAUGGCCUAGAAACCAUUUGAUGGCCUAGAAACCUUUUGAUGGCCUAGAAACCUCUUGAUGGCCUAGAAACCUCUUGAUGGCCUAGAAACCUCUUGAUGGCCUAGAAACCUCUUGAUGGCCUAGAAACCUCUUGAUGGCCUAGAAACCUCUUGAUGGCCUAGAAACCUCUUGAUGGCCUAGAAACCUUUUGAUGGCCUAGAAACCUUUUGAUGGCCUAGAAACCUUUUGAUGGCCUAGAAACCUUUUGAUGGCCUAGAAACCUUUUGAUGGCCUAGAAACCUCUUCUUCCAGAGACGCACGAGGACGAAGUGAAAGUUUCACGGAGCACGUCGACUACUCGUCCACAGUCAACUACCUAACUGGAGAAUCGAUGGCCUGGAGCUCGACCGACGGAUCGGUACGUGGCCGAACUUUUUCUUUUGCUUCUUCUAGGCCACGACCGAUCCUCCCUUCACUUUCGCUUUCAGAACAAAAUCCCGGCGGGCCGCAACAUCUUUCCGUUCGCAUUCUCGACGCCCGUCAACUGUCCGCCGUCUUUCGAGGGAAUCCACGGAUCCAUUCGAUAUUCGGUACACGUCGAACUCGACCGCCCGUGGAAAUUCAACAAGAAAUCGCGGAAAUGCUUCUCGGUGAUACCCGCCUACGACCUGAACAUCACGCCAACCGCCAUCAAUCCGAUGGUCAACUCGACGUCGAAAAAUACCGGAUUGAUCUUCAAGAAAGGCGUCGUUUCGAUGACGGUGAGUGCUCCUACGACUCUAAACAGUUUCUAUACGAAAUCUUGACAUCUAGUACUUCAUUUUCGUACUUGACAACUUUUUUCCAACACCAGGGGUACUGUAGAUCUUGAAAGUGGAAGUAAUUGGACACUAUCUCAGGGCCUGGUGCCGAAUCAAAGUAAAAGAACUUUUCUGGCGCUUCUCCGCCACUAAAAACCUCCAUUUUGCAGGUAAGCCUUCCGAAACGUGGCUACGUUCCCGGUGAGCUCCUCCCGAUCACCGUGAACAUUGAGAACGGCUCGAAGAAGCCGGUCUCGGUGGUGCGUGCGAAAAUGAUGCAGCUGUCUGUGUUCAACGCGAGCCGCGGCCGCUCAACGUGCCACGAUCCGAUGGCGACCGGCUACGCGCACCCCCAUCAACAUCACAAGAACGACGAGAAGAUUGUGGCGGAAGGGAGGCGGAACGUCGACGUGCCCGCGUGCUCCAAGGGCCAAGUGAUCCUAUCGUUGAAGAUUCCCGCAAUUGUGCCGUCUUUCCAAUGCCCCAUCAUCACCGUCGACUAUUGUAUCUCUGUGAAAGUGGACACUGGCGCCACGUUCGGCAACACGUUGAAGUGCGAGUUCCCUCUGAUCAUCGGAACCAUUCCGAUCCGUCAGAUGGCGAUGCCAGCCGGCUUUCCGACCGCUCCUCCGGCCACCAUGCCCACCGUCAACCCCUCGGCUCCACCUUAUCCGACCGUAGGGGACCAGGGAGCCUCCGCUCCUCCCGUCUAUCCAUCUGGAGCACCUUCAGCUCCUCCGGCUUCUCCCACCGCCCCUGGAACCUUUGGCCUACCGCCAUCCUACGAGGAAUCCGUGUACGGAGCCAGUGCGCCGAAAGGGGACACUGAUUCAGAGGUACUUGCCUUCAAUUUGUCUGAAUAUUUGUGAUUUUCAGCCCUUCGCUCCACGGUAUCCGGUCUACAACAAUCUGGAACAGUCCGCACCGGCUCUCCCGCAGAAAACUGGAUUCUAA